AUGAUGAAGAGCUUCUUUUUGUCUCUCUCACUUGUCUCUGUUCUGAACAGCUUCUCAGAAGUGCAGGGAGGGAGAUGGAAAGGUGAAGGUACAACACAAAACCUGGAAAGUAUUGUCAUUGGAAGAUGCUAUGAGUAUAUUAGGAUUGUGAAUCCUUCUGUUGGUGAGAAGAACUGUUCAGAGAUGUGGGAAGCAUUUAAAAAUGCAUUUAUUAACAAGGAUCCUUGCAGCAUUGUACCUAAGGACUAUGAAUUAUUUAUCAACUUGUCAUUGCACCCAAUUCCACCUAACAAGUCUCUCUUCUGGGAAAAUAAUCAGCUGCUAGUCAAUAGCUUUGCUGGUAGAGGCCGUCGCUACAUGGCUCUGGCUGAUACUCUGUUUGGCUUCGUUGGAGAUUUUCUGAACUGGUGUGGGCAGGCAAACAGCACCGGACUGGACUAUGAAUCCUGCCCUACCACAGAGGAAUGUGAAAACAACGCGGUGGAAUCUUUCUGGCGGAUGGCCUCAGUCACUUAUGCACAGCACAGUUCUGGGAUGAUACACGUCUUGUUGAAUGGUUCUGCAGUCGGAGGAGCUUAUCCAGCCCCAGGUUUUUUUGCAGAUUUUGAAAUACCUCAUUUCCGGAAAGACAAAAUCUCACAAAUUGUCAUCUGGGUUGUGGAUGAUGUUCAAGGACCAGAUACAGAAUCCUGUGGAACUCACAGUGUAAAGACGUUAGAAAACAGGCUGAAAAACCUUGGUUAUGAUGUCACCUGCACUGACAAUUACAAGUCUGUAAUGUUCUUACUCUGCCUGGAUUAUCCUGAUCAUUCUAGGUGUACCCUUUCAUCAUCUGCACCAGCAGCACAAAGAGGACCUGUAUCUUCAGACAGAGGAGGCAGCUGGAACAAGCUCAUGUUUGUUUCUUUUGUAGGCUUUUUGUUCAGAUUUGCUUUAGUGUACUAG